AUGUUUGUGUCAUUGCAGCAUGUGUUGGACACCAACUGCACCAUUAAGACUGUGUGUGGGGUGAUGUCCAAGGCCUCUCUGGGAGACCCCUACCACCACUUCACUUAUUUUGUUCGCCUCAGAACCAGGACCACCUUCUUAAGCCCUGUUUUAAAGGCCUCACGUACAACGUCAACCUUCAGGACCUCAGGAACACAUAUUAUAGCGAACCCCACAGCGGGGAGGGUGAAAGGGGGAGAGGGGCAAAGGAUCCCACGGCGGGGGAGGUGAGGAGGGAGAGGGGCUGGAGUGGUGUUUGGGGGAGAAGGGGUGUGGAGAGUUGAGGGGGAAGGGGUAUAGCCUGUCUCUGGGGAUGUAUGUCAAUAUCCACAAUAAAACCAAUUCUGUACAAUGCCAAGGGACAGAAGAAUCCAAACCUGCUUUAUCAGCAGUUAACACCCUGAUGAACACACAGGCCGUCACUCAAUAACACCUAGGCCGUCACUCAAUACUGGUCCAGGGGACCCUUGUCCAUAAGGCUUUUAUUUGCAUUGUUAUUUUCACAAUUAUUUGCUUUGCUAAAUUUGAAUGGUGAUCACUAUUUGAAUGAAUUACCUCUUGCUAUAUCUUUUGUCAAGAAAGAGAUGAAAAUGAAGAGUAUAAGUGAUGGCCUGUAGCUAGAGCAUCUUCGGCUCCUUUUGCCUCUGCAUCGUGCAAAGUGUGUUUUAUAGACUUGUAAUAGUGUUAUUCAGCAGUAAAGAAAGAUCCCUCCUUGUUAUACUGCUCGAUGGUAGAGUUGUGUGUGCGCGUGUGUUUGUGUGCAUGUGCGUGCAUGCAUUUGGAAAGGCAGUGCUAAGACAGGUGUUUUACACAUCUUCCUUUUAGUUUACAGUGGAAAGUGAGUCUCUCUAUAUCCUCUGAUCCAGAACUUUGGUUAGAGCCCUGUCGUAGGUUGUGUUCGGUUAGUAAUAAUGACUUUGCAUGUUCAACCAGUUUCCAUGUUGUGCUCUGACCUUUGGCUGUGGCCGUGGUUCCCAGGGCUAGUUUCCUUGACUGGGAGGGCGUAUUGGUUUAGUGGGGAUCAUAGGAAGUGGGCUUUUAAAGAGCCGCCCGGAGUGUCUAUAAACCACCCACUCCUCUCUCUCUCUCUCUCUCUCUCUCUCUCUCUCUUUCCUUUCUUUGUCUUUGCUCAAAGGCACAAAAAGGAACAGUAAAUCGUUUUUUACUCAAACUAUUUUUGACUGAUUGUUGACCUAACCUGUGUCAUUCAAGUCUUGUGGUAUUAAUAUGUAAUUUAAGCAAUGAAGUUGAAAGUUAAUAUUUGUUCUAGUGAGACACAUAUUUGCUCUAGUGAAUCAGACGAGAUGAAGUCACCAGAGACGUACAUACAGAUGAUGAUUGUCCCUACUGUGUGUCUGUACGGUAUCUAUCUUUGUAUCCAGGGAGACAGUGGACGUACCAGACCUGCACUGAGUUUGGCUACUUCCAGACCACUGACUCUCCUAACCAGCCCUUUGGUGGCUUUGGCCUCCAUUGAGUACUUAUUUAAUGCUGACAAGUAUUCUCCUCCAGGUGUGUGUGUGUGUGUGUGUGUGUGUGUGUGUGUGUGUAUUAGUGAAGGAAUGUCUAUCUGUGGUAUGACUGGAUCAAUGGGCCUCUCUCCUCUCUCAUCCCCCUCUCCCUCCUCUCUUUCCAUCCCUUCCCUCUCUGGCAGGUACCAUGUGGAACAGUGUCAGGACAAUUUCAACAUCAGCGCUAAGACACUCUACUCUGGAAUAGACCAGACCAAAAAGAAUUACAGCAGCUACAACAUCCGUGCCACCAGAAUAGUCUUCCCCAACAGUUCCAUCGACCCCUGGCAUGCCCUGGGCAUCACCUCUAGCAUCUCAGAUGACCUCCCUGCCAUCUUCAUAAAGGGUGAGGGUUCAACGUUGGUCCUUCUAUCCUUCAACUGAUGUCUAUGGUGUCUUGUGACUACAUUCAGGUCCUUUCAGCAUCUGACAAACGCUUUGCAGAUAGUUAUUCUUCCAUACUGUAUGUACAGGAAGAGGUCAAGAGAGCAGCUGUGUCAUAUCACUGUAUAACAACAAUGCUGUAUAACAAUAAUCUCUAUCUCACUCACUCGCUCUGAUCCAGGAACAGCCCACUGUGCCAACAUGUACCCUGCAAGAGCUGAGGACCACCCCCAGUUGACCCUGGCUCGGGAACACGUCUUCCAGCUCCUACAAACGUGGCUGAAGGAGAAGUGA